ACCAGUCUAGUCGUAAUUGCUAUUUUCUAAAAUAAUAUUGACUUAUAACGAAUUAAUUCCUUCUAAGAAUUAAUAUGAGAGCUUUAGGGAUUUCAAUAAUCCAAACAUGACAUGGGUAAUUGGAUUAACGCCGUCCUUUUCACUCUUCUUCUUCUUCGUCGAAUCUAAGACUAUCAUCGCCACCAAAUUCAUCUGGCCUCGUCUUUGGUCGGACCAAGCGGCGGCUGUAGGCACAGGAGACGCCAGCGACGUGCAACACCUUCUCCUGGCGAUGGGCACAGAUCGCGAGGCAGAAAACGGCGGACGGUACUGACGCUGGGCGAAGGCAGCGACGACUGGCGACCGCAGCGACGAGCAUCUCCGGCGAUGGUGACUACGCACGGCGACGACCUGUGACUCUGGGCUUUCCCCCAGGGGCAGAUCUAUCAAACUUCCCCCAGCGACUGGGUGAACUUCGGCGACGGCGGUAACAUUCGAGCAGCGGCAGGAAAGGGCCGGUCAGUGACGGCGACGUCGGAGCAGCGUCGGAGCAAUAGUAGCGUGACUCGGUCAGUGGCGGUUUCCGGCAGCAGCUCUGGUGACGUUUGGGCAGAUCUGGGCAGCGGAGGUGUGACCUCCGUCAACGCUCAAUUUCAGACUCGGCUUGCUCGAUUGAAUCGAACGAAUCCAGGUAAUCAUGGAGGGGUUGACCUUGAAAUACAUCCUGGAGCGCAGCGUGGCGGAGGAGAUGUACAGAUGCAGGGAUUUCAUAAUGAGUAAAGUAUUGUUUGAUUU